AAUUCAAAUAACGUCGAUGGCGGGGAAACCGGACGGAUCCCAUUAGCUCUGGGUUCAUUCAGAUCCCACGUCCUCCCGAGCCUCGAGGCGGGGGAGGAAGCGGCUCCGGAUGGAGAGUAAAGUGACAAUCGGAGAAGGAAAAGCAGCCUUUCCUCCCGGGGGAACAGAGGCGGCCGGGCGGGCAGAGGGAACCUGCAGAGGGCGGUUUCUCUCCUCUUUUCCUGUCCCACCCAGCCGGCCGGCCCCCCACCCCCACUCCCGGCCGGCCUCGGCGGCGAACUCUGCGCGCCUCUCUGCCGCUUCCUCGGCUCGGUGUCCCGCAGCGGGUCCCCGCGAUCCCUGCGGUUCCCGCCCCCGUCGAGUUGAGAAGGACGCGCGGAGCAGCGCCGGGCCCUUUCCCGGCAGCCCGUCCGACUGAUCUGCAUCUCCCUGCAGGUGCCCAUCCACUUGCUGAGAUGACUAGCCUCCCAACCACGCCAUCUCCAGGAGAAGAACUGAUGGCCACCCCAGUUCUACAGGCCACUGAGACCCUGUCCCCAGAAGCUGAAGCCAGCACAGCACUCAUUGCAGUUGUUAUCACCGUGGUCUUCCUCACCCUGCUCUCAGUCGUGAUCUUGAUCUUCUUUUACCUGUACAAGAACAAAGGCAGCUACGUCACCUAUGAACCUGCAGAAGGCGAGCCCGGCGCCGUCCUCCAGAUGGAGAGUGACUCAGCCAAGGGUAGGGAAAAGGAGGAAUAUUUCAUCUAAUGACUGCUGGGCCCCACGCUGCUUACACCAGGCUCCAGUGCUAACACACUGUUUAUUAGGUGAAAGUUUUAUCUGAGACUGGUGAGAAGCAUGGAUUGAUAUGGGCAGACCUGAGCUCCUUCCAGGACACAGGCCCAAAUGCGAACAUCACUGAUGCCAGGGACCGGGGACAUGGAGAAAAGCUGCUUAUGAUGUCUUCAGCCGGGUGAAGCUGGUGUCUGUGGCUGACCAACGAGGUGAUGCUGUACCAGGCAACAUUUGAGCAUGGGCCCAGUCAUCUUCACUUUUCUCACAGGUGGAAGGAGGAGAGUUGGGGUCGCUGGAUGCUCCUCUGUCCCCUACCUGGUUGACAGCCCAAGUGGAAAUAGUGUCCCAUAGGUGUUCUUCCCAGGGGCUGGAUGCCACAGUAACAGGCCAGGCCAGGAGGGGCAGGAGACUGUGGACCCCUCACUUCUGCCAAAUGUGCCACGUCUGAGCCCUUCCUUUCCAGAUUCCCCAACAACCCAGACCUAUACUUUUUUGUUCAGAAUUAAAAUUUUUCAUUGAUACAG